UUGGGAUGUACAUCGCGACCUCUCUGUAGCCGGGACUGGCGAACGCGAAAAACUAAGUGCAAUUGAACGACUUGAAAUCUUCUAUCAAAGUGCUGUUACUAGGAUCUGUGAUACCUGCCUGCCACAUGCAAUACCGUGAACUCCAGGUGGCGAUGCCUUCCCCAGGAGCGAUGUCGUCAGCGCUGCGCCCGAGCCCGUCUGCGCCCACGCACCCUGUGGCUGCCCACGCCCACGGCCUUCUGACCCUUUCGUCGCCCACCAGAAACACGCCCGCCCACGCCACAGGCCCCCACGGCGUGGCAUCUCCCACUCGCCCCGCUCACGCCCUCGGAGUCAUGGGCUCUCCCUCGCGCCCACACCACGGCAGUCUCAUCAUGACCUCCCCCGCCCACGCCACGCACGGGCCCGCCCUCCACGCCCCUGCGCCCUCGUGUGGCGCCGCUCUCCCGGCCUCCCGCAGCGGUCUCCCGCAGCCCUCGCCCGACCGCAUGGACUCGUGCCCGCCCGCCAAGCGCCUGCGCGUGUCCCCGCCCCCACACGACAAGGAGAACCCGCCCCACCACUCCCCCAACGGCCUGACUCCGGAGUCGUCGGCGGCGUCGCCGUCGUCCUCCUUCUCGGGGCUGCUUCAGGAGAUGGGCGUCAUGCCCCUGAAGGAGGAGCAGAUCUCGGACGACUCGGUGGGCGAGGACGACGACGACGACGACGACGACGACGGCGACGUGAGCCAAGACCGCGAUUCGGACAAGAAGUCUGAGUGCGGCGAGAGUCGGCGGCGCAAGGGCGGCUCGGGGCGCGCGGGCGGGCUGCGCGGGCGUGCGAGGAGCCCGCAGCACGUCGCCAAGAUCCGCCGCAACCGCCGCAUGAAGGCCAACGACCGCGAGCGGCACCGCAUGCACAUGCUGAACAACGCGCUGGAGCGCCUGCGCACAGUGCUGCCCACGGCGCCCGACGACACCAAGCUCACCAAGAUCGAGACGCUGCGCUUCGCCCACAACUACAUCUGGGCGCUCAGCGAGACGCUCAAGGGCAUCGACACCCGCACGCCGCAGCACCCGCAGCACCUUAGCCUCAGCGUGGGCGUCAGCAACGCACCCGUGCCGCCCCAGACGCCCAACGACGUGAGCAUGUACCAGGGCGGACCUCUAGGCCCCCCCGCGCCCUACUGCGUGGAGGGCGAGGGCGACCCCUGGGCCGGCGCCAUGGGCGGCGCCUUCCACCCCGGCGCCGCGCACAGCCAGUACAUGCACUACCCGAGCUUGCCCUACCAGUGCCUCUGAUGCCCCGGCGCCACGCCGUCCCUCCGCAGUGCCUGUGACGCCUCCCGCCGCCGCCCGACGCCCUGGCGGGAGACGCAUCAAAUAAAAAGGGAAAUGAGAGGUCUGUGAGGUGUUUCGGCGAGCGGCUUUUAUUCCUCCAAGUCGCUUCUCGACGAAGCAACCAGAUCCACAGAUAUUGCUUCGGAUUGCAAAGGAUGCUGACCAGCCUGAAGUAUGAAACUGCGGCGGAGUCUCUUCUCAAAGCACCGUAAUCCCCUGGGAGUUACCCCCCCCCCCCCCCUGCCCUUGGUAACACAUGCUAGUCACCGAGUUCCUGUUACGUGUUCUUGGAUUUCCUGUAAUUGGUUCUUAUUUUUCCUCUUGGUCUUGUGUUUUGUUUGUUUGUUUUUGCUGUUGUUUGACGAUAUUUAACAAUGUUAUGAUCACUUAGGACAUCACUUUCUUUUUCUACAAUUGCUUUUUUGUUGUUUGCGAAGCACUAAUGUCUUUUUAUUUUUAAUUACGAAUUAAUUAUAAUUUAACACGAACGCCUCCUGUGGUCUUAUCACGGAGAUGAGUGUUACCUGCGAAUAAUCUACUUACGCAAAUUAGCUAAUUAGUUACAAGACGUACCUUCGUCCCAGCCCUUUGAUAAACAGGUCACACCUUCCAUGGCACUGAGCAAACCACAAAUGCAGUGUUACGGAAUUAGCCUUAGAGAAACAGUGAUAAACAUAAGCGUGUGUCGCACUGAUUUAUAGGAGUCCACUCCAUAGAUUUUCAAGAGGAAUGCAAUGCCAUUUGCCUUCCGAGUCCCAUGAACCGAGUCACAAAAUGAUACUAUUUUAGGGAGUCUAUUUAUUAUUAUACACAUCAGGAGUAUAACUGCCUUUGCCUUGUCGAGUGAUAUGUUGAAUGUAUGUAGUGAGGAUGUUGUUAGCUGUGUGAAUGUGUUGUUGAGAGUGAGAUUGUAAAGCAAGUGGCCGCUAGUCCGUACCCAAUCUAUGAUCUCUUGCUUGGCCGCAAUGUAUAUAAUGUAUAUCUAUUUUUCUGUAUUUUUGUACAUAAAGUAGUAAUUUUUAUAAUAAAAAAGUUAUGAAAUUGAA